AAUGGUGACAGACGUGCAGCUGGCCAUUUUUGCCAACAUGCUUGGAGUGUCACUGUUCCUGCUGGUCGUGUUGUACCAUUAUGUUGCCGUCAAUAACCCCAAGAAGCAGGAUUAGAGUUCCUCAUCAUGACUGGCGAGGUGACAUGGGAAGCAAAGCCACCACCUUGGAAAUAACAUUCCCCUCAGCCCUGUUUCCAGGAGAAGAAUGGUUCUGUUUGCACAGUAGUGUUUUUUUCUAAUAAAAAUGUUUGAGUAAGACAUACA